CGCGGGGCUCAGGCGCGCGGGAACCAGAUGGGGGCGAUGGCGCCGCGCGCGCUGCUCCUGCUGCUGGCGGCCGCCCUGGCCCCGACCCAGACCCGCGCGGGCUCACACUCGCUGCGGUAUUUCUCCACUGCCGUGUCCCGGCCCGGCCUCGGGGAGCCCCGGUACAUGGAAGUCGGCUACGUGGACGACACGGAGUUCGUGCGCUUCGACAGCGACGCGGAGACGCCGAGGAUGGAGCCGCGCGCGCCGUGGAUGGAGCGGGAGGGGCCGGAGUACUGGGAGGAGGAGACACAGAGAGCCAAGAGCAACGAGCAGAUUUACCGAGGGAACCUGAGGACCCUGCUCGGCUACUACAACCAGAGCGAGGGCGGCCCUCACACCUUCCAAAGGAUGCUCGGCUGUCACAUGGGUUCGGACGGGCGCCUCCUCCACGGGGACCUUAAAUUUGCCUAUGAUGGCAAAGAUCACAUCGCCCUGAACGAGGACUUGACGUCGUGGACAGCGAUGGACACGGCGGCGCUGAUCACCAAGCGCAAGCUGGAGGAGGCUGGUGAAGUAGAGAGACACAGAGCUUUCCUGGAAAGCGAGUGCGUGGAGUGGCUCCGCAGACACCUGGAGCUCGGGAAGGACACGCUGCUGCGCACAGAUCCCCCAAAGGCACAUGUGACCCAUCAGCCCAGACCUCAAGGUGACAUCACCCUGAGGUGCUGGGCCCUGGGCUUCUACCCUGCUGACAUCAGCCUAAUCUGGCAGAGGGAUGGGGAGGACCUGACCCAGGACAUGGAGCUUAUUGAGACCAGGCCUUCAGGGGAUGGAACCUUCCAGAAGUGGGCAGCUGUGGUGGUGCCUCCUGAGAAGGAGCAGGAUUACACGUGCCAUGUGCACCAUGAGGGUCUGCCUGAGCCCCUCACCCUGAGAUGGGAGCCUCCUCAGCCCACUGUCACCAUCAUGGCAGUCAUUGCUGUUCUGGUUGUCCUUGGAGCUGUGGUCAUCAUUGGAGCUGUGGUGGCUGUUGUGAGGAAGAGGAGGAGAAACACAGCAUGAAGACAGCUGCCUGGAGGGAAUUGUGACAGACAAUGUGUUCAGGUCUCUCCUGCGACAUCCAGAGCCCUCAGUUCUCUUUAUAAUGGCGUCUUAAGUUCCUUUUGAUUCUGUGGGCUCAGUGUGAAGAACUGGACUCCAGCCCACCUCUGCACAUCAAGACCCUCUCCCUGCACUGCCCUGUGUUCCCUUCCACAGCCAACCUUCCUGGUCCAGACACGCAGGAAGGGACAUCUCCAUCCUGUCAGCUCCAUGCUGCCCUGAGCUGCAGCUGCUCACUUCCCCACUGAAAAUAAGAAUCUGAAUGUGAAUUUGAUUGUUCAUGUCCUUGAUCUGACAGGUUGAUUGGCAGGAAAAGAAAAGAAUUGAGAAUACUUAAGAGUUUUCUCCAGGAAAUAAAUGGCAGAUGGAGAACCUUCCA